GCUGUAAAGUGACUUGACGUAGCCAACCGCUAGCGCAGUUGCAAUUGAGUUGUUGACCGUGUCGGACUUUUAAAUCGAAUAGUCUCUUGCCUGUUUUAUAAAUAUAUAAGAAAAUAUCAAGCCAAAAAAAGUCAAAAAGCUGCAAGGAAUAUUAAUUAGGAAACGGGCAAAGGAUAACUAUUUAGAAACCACUCCAGCAACAGUAGUAGCAGCAUCGCCACGGUGACAGCGACGGAAGCAAUCAGCAAUAGCAGAUAGUUAUUAAUUUUUAAAUUCCACCUUUAACCAACUAACAAAAACACAACAGCAGAAAUGGCUGACCAACUGACAGAAGAACAAAUCGCUGAAUUCAAAGAGGCAUUCUCGCUCUUCGAUAAAGAUGGUGAUGGCACCAUCACGACAAAAGAAUUGGGCACAGUGAUGCGAUCACUAGGACAAAAUCCAACAGAAGCCGAACUGCAAGACAUGAUAAAUGAAGUCGAUGCUGACGGCAAUGGCACCAUUGACUUUCCCGAGUUCUUGACAAUGAUGGCACGCAAAAUGAAGGAUACCGAUAGUGAAGAAGAGAUCCGAGAAGCCUUUAGAGUAUUUGAUAAGGAUGGCAACGGCUUCAUUUCAGCGGCUGAAUUACGUCACGUCAUGACAAACUUGGGUGAAAAGUUAACAGAUGAGGAAGUGGAUGAAAUGAUCCGGGAGGCUGAUAUCGAUGGUGACGGUCAGGUCAAUUAUGAAGAAUUCGUGACUAUGAUGACAUCGAAGUGAGCAGAUAAAUUACUUGUUUUUAAGCCUUUCUAUGUUUUUAAGAUGUUGACGAAGACUGUAGCUGUGCGCCACAACAUCGCGCGACGCUGUUGCUAUGGAAACCAUUAAAAAAUGCAAAAAUAUAUAAAUCUUGAAAAAAGGAGAGAAUUAAAUUUAUAAAUAAACAUUUAAAAAACAGAAUACAUUAUAAUAAAUUACACUUUAAUAUUUAAAAUAAAGAUAAAUAAAACUUACAACUCAAUGUAAUAAUGAUGAUAAAGGCAUACACCAAUACAUUACACACGACACCCAUUCUAAAACUCUUUCACACACACACACACACACACAUACAAAAAGCCAUAUACAAAUACAUUUCACUAAUAAGAACAGCUUUACAUUUCCUAUAUGAGCACUAAACAUCAACAACAACAACAGCUAGUAGAUAUAUAUGUACAAUACUAUAUAUGUAUUUAUUGCGUGCGUUAGGCGCAAGGUCCAUUUGUAACAAAUGGUCCUCCUUGGAGCGCGCCAGAGGUGAUGCCGCAAUCGUGUACUCUAAUUGAAGAAAUUGUGUUUAGAAGAAAUAUUAAAACAAAAAAAAAACUGUUUGCUGAUGAUUACUCCACAAGAAUGAUACAUUAAAUAACACAAUUAUAAAGCAUUUUAGUCAAAUGAUGGAAAUCAUAACAUCACAACCAACAAACACGCAACACAAAUGCAUUGAGAAAUUGAAAAGCAUGCGAAAAAGUUAAAGUAAUGCAAAACAAAAGAAAAACAGAAAAAUAAAAAAACAUUCAGUGGUAUAAAAAAGCUAAGAGGUUAUAAAUAAACAUACAUAUAUUCCAUUAAAGACACACAAGCAAAGCAAGAAAAGAAAAUCAAAUGCAAAAAAAAAUUAAAAAAUAUGCAAAUGCAAAUGCAAAGAGAAGCAACAGUUAAUAAACACAUACGUACAUUAUAUAUAAAUUACAAAAA